AUAUUCUUGGCAGAUUGUUGCCUGUGGGAAGUCCCGCCCGAUAACUAUUGCAGUUGGUUCAAAAGCAAAAGGCUUAACCUCUAAGCCACUUGAUUGGAUACAAAAGCUUUCUCUUUUGGUUGCAUGCCAGGAGUCUCGAAGGGGAGGGAAGCCGUCUGGCUUCCGGUGUUUGGCUGAAAUUGACACACAAUGAGGAGUCGGGAACAACCUCACAAAUCGCUGCUGUAAAUAAACAGAACAACACACGGCCCAAGAAUAAUGGAGAACCAGUGUACGGUCCAGGUGAAGCUGGAGCUGGGCCAUCGAGCGCAGCUGCGUAAGAAGGUGACGUCGGAGGGCUUCACGCACGACUGGAUGGUGUUUGUGCGCGGUCCAGAGACGGGGGACAUCCAGCACUUUGUGGAGAAGGUCGUCUUCCGGCUGCACGAGAGUUUCCCCAAACCCAAACGAGUCUGUAAGGAGCCGCCCUAUAAGGUGGAGGAGUCCGGCUACGCAGGGUUUCUCAUGCCCAUCGAAGUUUACUUCAAGAACAAGGAAGAGCCAAAGAAGGUGUGCUUCAACUAUGACCUCUUCCUGAACCUGGAGGGCAACCCACCUGUCAAUCACCUGCGCUGCGAAAAGCUGACCUUCAAUAACCCCACCAGUGAAUUCCGCCGCAAGCUCAUCAAGGCUGGAGGGAUGCAGGUGGUUCCUGAGGGAGCCGAGGCCGUGUCCAGACCCAGUCCCGACUACCCCAUGCUGCCCACCAUCCCCCUCUCCGCCUUCUCCGACCCCAAGAAAACCAAGAGCUCGCACGGGGCAAAGGACCCCAGUAAAGAGGGAAGUGGUGGGAGCAAAGGGCCCAAGCCCCACAAACUGACCAAGGAGCAUCGGGAACGACAGCGCAAGGACUCCGAGAGCAAGGGCGUCUCCAAGGGCGACGGAGAGCGCGACGGCGCAACGAGCGGCAGCAGCAAGAGCUCCCGCGAGCCUCCCGCCUCCUCCUCGUCCUCCUCGUCCACCUCGUCCAAGAAGCCCUCCGAGACGAAGACCAAGGAUGAGAAGGUCCUGCCCAAGGCCGCCUUCAAGGAGCCCAAGCUCACGCUGAAGGAGGCCAAGCUGGAGGGCAUGUCUCCCAAGGGGGGGGGGGGCGCGGGGGCAGGCGGUGGUGGGGGGGGGCUCCCGCCCGAUGCCAAGGCGCCCAGCAAGCGUCCGUCGGCCGUGGAGUCGCCCAAACCCAGCGUGAAGAAGCAGAAGAAGAGUGCCUCUGGCUCCGCCUCCGAGCCCAAGGGUGGCGCCGGGGGCGGGGUUUUCACCGGCACCUCCCCCCGCGUCUCCUCCUCCUCAGUAGUGCCGCCCUCUUACACGGACAAGAAGCCGCCCAAGGAGAAGGGCCGCUGGGCCAAGACCAAGUCCGACGCACCGGAGGUCAAGGAGCCCAAGAAGAUUCCGGAAUCGGAUGACUCCAACUCAGAGGAUGAGGCAUCGUCCAAGUCCGAGCAGCAGUCGGCUCCCUCCAGUCCCACCAACUCCAGUUCCAGCUCCGACUCCAGCUCUGACUCAGACUUUGAGCCCCUGCAGAAACAAGGCCAAGGUCCUCUGCGGUCCAUGGUGGAGGACCUGCAGUCGGAGGAGUCUGAUGAGGACGACAGCAGUUCUGAGGAGGAGACGCCUGUGAAGAACAACCCAGCCACCCGGGACAGAUUGAGCAUGGACAGUGAGAGUGACAGCAGUGACGGACCACACCGGCCCAACAGGGACCUGGCUCCCCCGCCCCAGAAACACAGCUCCUCCAUCAAGGUGUCGGGCAGGAAGAGUCCUGACCAGUGCUGUCGUCCUGAGAAGGUCCUCAAGAAGGGAUACGACAAGGCCUACACUGAGGAACUGGUGGAUCUGCACCGCCGACUCAUGGACCUGAGGGAACGCAACGUCCUUCAGCAGAUCGUCAAUCUGAUCGAGGAGACGGGCCACUUCAACGUCACCAACACAACCUUUGACUUUGACCUUUUCUCAUUGGACGAAUCGACUGUCCGUAAACUACAGCGCUACCUGGAGGCCACGCCCACGUGACUGACGGACGGCCAGGGGUGGGCUUCUCUCCCCCCCCCCAGG